ACUAUUAAUGCUAUAUCAACAAAUGUGUAUAUUUGACUUGUCAGUGCCCCGCCAGCCGUGGUCCCAAAUAGCCGCUUUCGCUCUCGUGUAUUUUUAUUAUCAUCGCGACCUUGACGUUAUUUUGAUUCGGCAAAACUGAUCCAUAAAAAACAUGUCUACGAUGUUAGAGAACGGAUGCGCGGGAGUCGAUUCACACGUAAACGGCCACAUCCCGUACACAAAUGGGAACGGUACCAUUAAUGGGACACAUAACACCAACGGGACCAAUGGUACCAAUGGUAUUAAUGGGACGAAUGGUAUUAAUGGGACGAAUGGUGUAAAUGGCAGCGGAACACCUUGGGAGAAGCAGUUUCUACCACCACAACUCCAGCUUGAGGACAAAGCUCGUGCUCUUAAGGUGGAGUCAAAAUUAUCGGGUCUAGUGCUCUGUGGUGCCACCUUGCGGAAAGUGGGUGAAGUUUUCGCUCGGGAAAUUGAAAACGGCCUACGUGAGAAGCCAUCCAGUCUCCAGAUGGAAAACACAUACGUUCCAGAACUUCCAGAUGGCACAGAGGAAGGUGUGUUCUUGGCGCUCGAUCUUGGUGGGACGAACUUCCGGGUGCUAUACUUAGAAUUAAGGGGAGGUCAGCUGGUGAGAGAGGAUGUCAAACAUUAUCACAUCAGUGAUGAACUCCGUGUUGGUCCUGGAGUAGAUCUGUUCAACUUCUUGGCUGACUGUGUGCAGGACUUCCUACGAUCAGAAGGCAUGGAGAAGGAUGAACUGUCUCUUGGUUUCACCUUCUCAUUCCCCAUGAAACAGCAUUCCAUAUCAUCUGGAGAGCUCAUCACCUGGACCAAAAGCUUUAACUGUGGCGGCAUGGCCGGCGUGGAUGUAGCGGCGUUACUCCAGCGGUGUUUGAAGGAGAGGGGUUUGAAGGUUACAGUGCAAGUUCUUCUGAAUGACACCACUGGAACCUUGGUUGCUGGUGCUCACUUGGAUCCUGAAGUCGCGAUUGGUGUCAUCCUGGGUACUGGCUCCAACGGUUGUUACAUGGAGAGGGCUGAUCGUGUCAUGCAUUGGGAGUCAUCCCAUGAGAGAGUCCAUGAUGUCUGUGUUGAUAUUGAGUGGGGUGCGUUUGGUGAUAAUGGGUGCCUGAACUUCAUGAGAACGGAGUUUGAUAAUGAGGUUGAUCGGAAAUCGUUGUUGGCUACGAGUUUUACUUUUGAGAAAUACAUUGGUGGUAAAUACUUGGGGGACCUAUUGUGCGCAGUGCUGGCAGGUCUUGCCAGGGACGGUGUCUUCCCUGCUGCACCCACAUGGGGAGAACUUGCUAGUGCACACGUCAGCAUGUUUGAAGAAGAAAAUGCAGCUGGCGAGUGGAAACGCACAGCUGAAGCUCUUUGCGAAGCCUGUGGAGGCUUUUCGAUGUCGCGCGCCGACGCCUUAGUCGCCCAACAUGUCGCCCGUGUCAUAUCAAACCGCGCCGCGCAACUUGUAUCUGUAUGUAUCUCAACAAUACUGCGUCGUAUGGAACGGAAUCACACCGCUGUGGCAGUUGACGGAUCGGUUUUCAAAAGACACCCGCGUAUCGCGAAACUCAUGAACAAAUAUAUCGCAUUGCUGGCUCCUAAGCACAAGUUCACACUAUUAGGCGCUGAAGAUGGAAGUGGCAAGGGGUCUGCGUUGACAGCAGCAAUUGCUGCCCGAGUUGCUGCAAGGAAAUUCUAACAUUUAAUCCAGGAGUGUACACGAAAUGACUGACUAUGAUAUAGAUGAGUAGAUUUAGACAUGAGUAUUGCCUUCUCUCUCUAACGAUGAUGCUUCCUAUUAUUUCCGCUGUUUGAGAGGGAUGGCAAUAUAUUUGUUAUCGGCGUUUUAGUUUGGUAAAAGAGAUAAAAUAUAUUAGAGGAGUUUUUAUAUGUGUAUAUUUUAAUACGAAAUAGUUUUACCAUAUAAUAUUAGAUAUAUUAAUGUUUAAUUUCGUUUUAAUAUUAUAUAUUGAACCAUACUGUGAUCGAUGCACCUCGCAAUAAAACAGUUGUAAAUUAUAGUGAACUUUCAGUUAAUACAUUCCAUUAUAAAUAAUAUUUAACUGUCAAACCUAUCAAUAUGUAAAAGUAAGAUUUCUUUGUUUUGAAUCUGAUUUAAUUGAUAUUAAAGUAACGAUAGGAAAUAUGAUAUAUGAUCUAUUUCCAAAGAGUUUCUCGCAUAAACUUUAUAAAUUAUGGUAUAAUAUAAAGGUUUGGCCUUGUAGAACGGUGGAAUGAGAAGCAGUUAAAUUGAGAGAGGUAUGUCAGGAUCGUAGUUAGUGUAGAUCUGCCUAACCCUUAGCGUAGAAGGCGUGAUAAUAUACAUCAAUAAAUUGCCAACCUGUACAAAUGUUGUAUGUGUGGCCUAACGCCCACUAUGAACAUCUUUGUGACUCAUAUUUGUUUUUAUAAAUAAAUUAAUAUCGGUGAAUUACGUAGGACAAACUCUCUUUGCAGCGUUUUACGUCUACUAUUAAAAUUAUUUGAUCUUAAUUUUAUUUUAUAAAGGAAAAUGAUUUUUAUCUCGUGGUAAAUUUUCACCAUUCACUCAUUUUUCACCGUUUACUAUAAAAUAUAUUGUUAUUACGAUACACUUUAAAUAUAUUUUCGAUCUUAUAGGUAGAAAUAGGAUAGAAUUUUACUCGAUGUCUCGCAGGUCGAGUCAACUAUUUCCGUAGAUAUAGUUUAAUUUAUGUGCCAUAUAUAUAGAUAAUUAGACCAUUCAUUACAUAUCAUAUGUUAAGUGGGUUGUCAAAUGAUUAAAUAUAUAAUUUAAGCAUAUUUUAACAGUAUGGUAUGUACUGUCUCUGAGAUUUACAAGCGCUUUUUGUGUGAAUAAUAUUUGCUAUAAGACUUUAGUACAGUACAUCCCAAAAGUAAAACUGAACAUAUCGCGUCAUUUAUACAACUUACCAGUUGUAAUUGCUACGUGUCGUUAAUAGCGUCUUUAAAAUUUGAAAAGAAUGUAUCAAAACGAUUGGUAACUUGUAAACUGUAGGUUAAUAUAUACUAUAGGUAAUUGUUAUACAUUUGUUGUUACAGGAAUAUAUAGUUAUUAAUGAAAUGUUAUAUAUUAGACUUAUUGAAGACAUUAAUAAAGCUUUUUAAGAAUA